AUGGCUACAGGAGUAUAUUCUAAAUCCAAAAUAAUAGAGGAAUCUUUACAAUCUGAAGAUCUAGUUGGUCUGAUAGCUUCAUUUAUACCUUGUAAUGAGAUACAUUGUAAUUUGUCAAAAGUAAACAAGUCAUGGACGCGUGCAAUAAAUAAUUCAUAUGAAUGCUGGGCAGAUAUACAUUUCUCUGAUAAGGAUAUAGAAGAUAAUUUACUAAAGCCUGUAACAUCUAGAGCUAGAUGGAUAAAAAAUAUAAGAAUUUCAAAUCCAACAAAUAAUGUAACUGGAUUCCUUACUAGACUUGUUACUAAUAACCAAAAUGUAGGAAAUUGUAAUAACUCAAUAAUAUGGAGUAGGCUAAAUUCGAUUGAAAUUUACAAUCAAAGUAUAAUAGUUCCAAGUGAAUUAUCAAAAUUACCAGUAAAAUCUCUUUUCCAUUUAGGAAUUACAGAUGGUAUAUAUGAGAUUCUUCAGAACACAUCCAAAAUGUACAAUAAUUCGAAUAAAUAUACCAAUCAUCCACUUCAAAAUGUGACAAGGUUAAUUAUUGAUUAUCCAAUCAGUACAAAGGAACUGAAACUGUUGAAGGGAUGUUUUCCUGCAAUAAGAGAUUUAGUAAUUACACGGCUAUUUCAUUCAAAAUCUGAUGCAGUUUCUAACUAUCAAUUAAGUGAAAAUCAUAGUAUUGAAGGGCACUAUCCAUUUGAUGAUAUUGGUCAAUGUUGGGAGGCUAUUUAUGACUUUUUACAAACAAUAAACCCAAAUCAAUUGAGAAUAUUACAAAUUAGUAUUAUUCCAUCACCCCAUCCAUUAUCUGGAAAGUGGGUUGUUGAUCAUAGGAUUAAAGAACUUUGCAAUCAGGCAACUUAUAACUCACUGAGUGAGGACAAGGUUGAAUUAAGCUCAAAUAAUAUUAAAAGAAUGAGGAUUCAGGAAUAUAACUAUUAUGAUAAUCCAAUUAAUGAAAUUGAUGAAAAGGGAGAUAAAUUAAUAAAAUUCUUGAUUGAUAAUCAUUCUGAAUCACUUAUUGCUUUGACAUGUCCUGAUUUAGAAGUUUCUCACUUCUUGUAUAAACGACUUAUACAAGACUGUCAAAAACUACAACAAUGGGAUUUACCAGGUUGGAGGGCCAUAGCAGCACUAACUCCUUUGAGGGAAUUUAAUAAUUGA